AUGGCGUCGAAAACGGUUGUACUGCUCAUUGCGUUCGCUGUAGCAUGGUUUCCACACGAAGCUCUUGGGCGCCUGUGCACCUUCGAGUCGGGAAUAUGCGAUUGGACACAGUCAACGGCCGAUAACUACGACUGGAGUAGACAUCGCGGAUCAACUUCUACGUCCUACACAGGACCCUAUUAUGAUAAAACCUAUAGAAACAGCAAUGGCUAUUACCUCUACCUUGAGUCAUCCAGCGGCUGGCAAGGUUCAAAUGCUGUGCUUCUCAGCCCCAUAUUUCUUCACAAGAACGGUCGCCAAACUGUGUGCGUGCACUUUUGGUACAACAUGUACGGAAGCUACAUGGGUACUCUAAAGGUGAAACGCAUUCCAACCAGUGGGAAUUUGGGGCAAGAGACAGUCCUGCGUUCAUGGACUGGCCAACAAACGGACUCGAGAACCUGGUUGGAAAUGGAACUGUGCACCAGCGACUCGACGUCAAAUUUCAGGCUCGCAUUUGAGGCAGUAAGGGGAAAUGGCGGUCGGUCGGACAUGGCCAUCGACGAUGUGGAAAUAAUUGUGCUACCGGCAACAAUCACAUUGUCAGAUCCUACUGGCUCGCUACCCUCGACCGACGCCGUGUCCUACCUGGUACAGGGUGUUGAGUCGCAGUUUACGUGCCGGGUAACAGACAUCGACCCGGGAGCGUCGUUCACCUGGUCUCUCGGCGGUAGGGAACUAACGUUCGCCCGCAGCGAGAAUGGCACCGUGUCCGGUGGAUUGAUAACCAGCACUAGUUCUCUCACACUGUCCCCAACCUGGAGCAACCACGGCGAGUUGCUGCAGUGCUCGGCCAGCAAUAAGCAUAACCAUCCUGGGCUGAACAUCACCGCAACGCUUGAUAUUAAAGUUCCACCGACAGUGAUAACUUUGUAUGAGUCAACCGACAACAUCACCGCAACCAACGGGACGUCGUUUCUGAUCGAGGGAGUGGAGCGUGAGUUCAUCUGCGAAGUACCUGGGGCUCGUCCCGCUGCAUCGAUCACUUGGAUAUUAGGAAGUCGAAAUAUCACGGCAAACGAGAGUACGGAUGUCGUGGGAGCCGACGGUCUGACCACCAGCAUGAGUACUGUGAGACUGUCCCCUACUUGGAACCAUCACGGAGAGCUACUGCAGUGCUCUGCUUCAAACAUCGAUGACUGGCCCGCAGUGAACGCCAGCGUGACACUUGAUGUUAAAGUACUGCCAACAUCUUCAGCAAUGUCCUUGUAUGAUGGCACCGGGACCAGACUAGGCCAAACUUUGGAUGUUGACCAAGGCGCAUCAAGCAACAUCAGAUGCGAAGUACAGGGUACCAGACCGGCUGUGACUUUCAGAUGGAUCUUGAAUGGCACGCUGCAACAAACUACCCACCCACAUCCGGUGGAAGCCGAUGUGGGAUUGGUCAACAGUUCCGACACUUGGACAUUCACUCCCAGCAGAGCCAAUCACAGACAGGAGGUGAUCUGUGCUGCGAUCACAGCAGAGACGCAGGAGCCCAUCCCAGAAAAGGCUGUCACAUUGGACGUCAUUGGCCCGCCAGACAAACCUGUCGUCACCGGUGACAAGACAAUGGAAGAAGGUCUAGCCACCGCUCUGACCUGCCGUGCCGACAACGGGUUCCCGGACGACUGGAGUUUGCACUGGUCCUAUGGGCAUGUGCACGACAUAGCCAACAUCACAACUGAACCGCUACCUUCAGGCAAUCGAUUCAUGUUUACUGGCGUGAUCAACAUCACUCCGAAGAGGAACGACAAUGGGAAGACCAUGACAUGCACUGCGCGGAUAAAGUCGUGUACUCAACAUCACACCGGUGCGUUCGGUCCUCUCAAUGUGCAGUUUUGUCCUAGGAGGGUACACAUCACGGACUGCGCACUGACAGCUGUGCCAGGCAUCAACGCGUCAUUCAGUUGUUUCUCUGAGAGUAGCAAUCCGGAGUCCGAUCUGAUGUGGUUGAGAAACGACGAGGAGCAGGUCAAUCCAGCAGAGUCAGAAAUAACAAGUGGCGACUACGGUGGCCGAGUGACGACGCUGAACUUCACGACAGGUGUAAUGACCGAAGAGGACGACGGGGCUGUGUACAGGUGCUGCGCGAAAGGAAACGCACUCUGCCCUCGUGUGUGUGACGCUUGUCUGAUGAACGUGGCAUAUGUGAAAUCGAACGACCCAGGGCUUUCAGCCGGCGUAGGGAUCACCACUAUCGUAUCAGUAGUCAGCAUUGUGGUCAUUGUCGCUGGGGUUGUGUACUACCGAAGGUCAACCACCAAACGUAGACAAGAAUGCAAACCUGCGAAACACACAGGGCGUGAAACUGGUAAUAGUGAUGAGGAACGAUACGCCGCCGUGCAAGAUGAGAAAAACACUGGUAUUUGCAUGCAGAUGGUGACCUCAGCUGAAGGUGAAUAGGCCGA